UGGAGUAGUGAUCAGACGGAGGCGCGUCGCGGCGGCGGACACACGGACCAUGAGGCCGGGCCGACAGACCCCGCUGUGAGGGACGCCUCUCCCGCCUCGCUUCACCGGGACCGUCUCCUCUCCCGGCGGCGUCGACCGCGCUGAAGGGCCGCUCCGCGCCUCCCGGGGCCCCGGAAUGGCCUCCGCCGCCCGGAGGCAGUCGUGCUACCUGUGCGACCUGCCCCGCAUGCCCUGGGCCAUGAUCUGGGACUUCACGGAGGCCGUGUGCCGCGGCUGCGUCAACUACGAGGGCGCCGACCGGGUCGAGUUCGUGAUCGGCACCGCUCGGCAGCUGAAGAGGGCGCACGUCCCCCCGGAGGGCCGGCCCCCGGCCCCGGGGAAGCCUCCGCACGCGGCCGGGGAGCCGGGCUCCCGGCCGCCGCAGCACCUGGAGCGCUACCCGCGGCCGGGCCCGGAGCACCCGGCGGGGCGGCAGAACGGAUUCCCAAAGCCCGACGAGCCCCCGGAGCUGAACCGACAGAGCCCGACCCCCCGCAGGACGAGCGCGGGCCCCCCCACCCUGGUGCCGCUGCUGAACGGCGGCUUAACGGCCGUGCACGCGCUCAACGGCCGCCCCGCCCUCCUCGGCCUGGUGGGACCCGGACCCGGACCCGGACCGGGUCCCGGAGAGCACGGCAGGCGUCCGGACGAGCUGAAGGAGAAGCACCGGGCGGACAGCCUGCCGGACCCGGCGGACGGCCUCCGGGACUGGCCGGGCAGGGGGAAGACGGUCCGGGACCUGGUGGCCCUGCACAGCCUGGACAGCCGGCUGAGGAAGGAGCAGCUGUCCCAGAGGAUGAUGGGAUAUGAGCCCAGCAGAGCAGACCGGGGGAAGCCCCCCCGCCCCGGGAAGAGGAAGGCGUCCCCGGAGCCGGACGGCGGCGGCGCCCUGAAGAUGAACGGCGGCGAGGCGCGGGCGUGGCUCCCCUCGCCCUCGGCUGCCCCCCCGUCCACCGCGUCCCCCCACCCCCGCGCCACGCCGCCCGAGGCUGCGGCCGCCACGCGGAACGGCCAGUCCCCCAUGGCGGCGCUCAUCCUCGCCACGGACAGCGCCGGCAGCGCGGGCUCUCCGAAAGACGGGACCCAGGUACACUCCAGCGUGGCGGGCGCGCCGCGGAGCAGCGGCAGCCCCCCCUCUCCCGCCGCCGCCGGCCAGAGGAGGCCGGCUCCCGGCGCCGACCCCGCGGCGGCGCCGCUGUGCUGCACCCUGUGCCGCGAGCGGCUGGAGGACACACACUUCGUCCAGUGCCCGGCGGCGGCGGCGCACAAGUUCUGCUUCCCCUGCUCCCGGGACAGCAUCAAGCAGCAGGGCGGCGCCGGCGAGGUGUACUGCCCCAGCGGCGAGCGCUGCCCGCUGGCCGGCUCCGCCGUGCCCUGGGCCUUCAUGCAGGGCGAGAUCGCCACCAUCCUGGCCGGAGACGUCACGGUGAAGAAGGAGAGGGACCCCUGAGGCCCGGUGGCGGCCGGAGGGGACGGGACUCCGCCCCCCGCCUGUACAUAGACACAUGUAUGUUUUCUGUCCUUGUUUUUUGGAUACGGUGUGUUUCUAUAUCCUGGAGGAGAGCAGUUCGUCCUCUGGUUGAAUUCGGUUCCUGUGAAACGUGGAACGUGGCGGCGUGUGAGCACUUGGCAGAAGUCUGAAUAAAAACCUGA